UCCUUUUCAAGGAGAAAGAAGGCUGGUCUAUUUUCAGGCAGUACUAAUCGUGCUGCUUUUUAACGCUCUGUCACAGUUAUUUACCAACAGAGGACAUUCUUUGGCCCAGAGAGCAGCGGCAAAGCAGCAACACCUCACCCCGGACCUGCGAGUAUCAACCCAAUUGGCAGAUUGCUGGAAUGAACCACAAUCUCCGAAGCAGCUUUUGAAUGGGUGCUUUUGGAAGCUGCUUCUCUGGGGAUCAGAGUGCACUUUUAAGUGCCCAAGAGACUGCCUGUAUUGCUUCUAUUAAACACAGGGUCCAGGGUUAUUGGAAGCCCUCUUCUUCACAAGACUCUCAGCCAGGGAAGCGCCUCUAGGCAAAAUCAGCCAACAGGAACAUGGCAGGAAAGAAUGUACUAAUAGUCUAUGCUCAUCAAGAGCCCAAGUCCCUGAAUGGAUCCUUGAAGGACAUUGCAGUGACGGUACUAAGCAAACAAGGCUGCCGGGUCACCGUGUCUGAUCUUUACGCAAUGGAGUUUGAGCCGAGAGCAACGAGGAAAGAUAUCUCUGGUCCCCUGAGCAACCCAGAAAGCUUCAAUUAUGGAAUGGAGAUGCACGAGGCCUAUCGGACAGGGCGUUUGGCCAGCGAUGUGGUGGAGGAGCAGAAGAAGGUGCAGGAAGCAGAUCUAGUGAUCUUCCAGUUUCCUUUAUAUUGGUUCAGUGUGCCAGCCAUCAUGAAGGGUUGGAUGGACAGGGUCUUGGCCCAAGGAUUUGCCUUUGAGUUUCCAAAGUGCUAUGAUACUGGCUUUCUCAAGAACAAAUCAGCCCUUCUGUCUUUUACCACUGGUGGAGAUACUGAGAACUUUUCCAAAGCCGGAGCCAGUGGUGACUUUCGCUACCUGCUGUGGCCCCUACAGGCUUUUCAGAAGUCGGAGUUGAACCUUCCAAGUUCCUGUAUCUGCAGAACAGGCAGGAGGGUCAUUAACAGACAUGCUGGAACCAGAGGGAGGUCCCAGGGUCUACACAAUCAUUCAAUUUAAAGGGGAAGAGGGGGAGAAAUCAAUUCAUCCAGGAGCAGCUGGGAUCUGCAUUUCUUCCAAACUAGAAUUUCAAACCUUGCCCGCCUCAACCUGUGGGCACCUUCCUCUCAUACCUGUUUCACUGGCCCAGAGGCCAGGGACUUGAUGCCUUUGUCCUUUGAGAGAGAGGAUAAAGGUAGAAACUCUUCCAGAAAUUAUUAGGAAAAUUGACAUGAACCUUUUUUUGUCCACUGCCCCUCAAACUCACUUGAGUGGACAUAGAGGGCAUAUUACUAGGGAAAUUAAAAAAAAACCAAACAGAA